AAAAGAAGGAGGAGAGAGGCACAGCACAGGAAUAGAGAGAGAGAUGGGAAAACCCACUAUUUCAAUUCUAGUUUUGAUCUCUUCUGUGUUCCCUCUUCUCUUCACACUUGUCUCUGCAAACAUUUCACCAGGAACAACCCUUAGCCCAAACUCCAACACCAGCUGGAAAUCUCCCAACAGCACUUUUUCUCUGGGCUUUAUCUCCGUUCCUUCGGCCAAUUCACCUUCCUUCACCGCUGCAAUCUCCUACUACGGAAUUCCAGUCUGGAAAGCCGGAGGUGAUUCCGGCACCGUUGAUUCUAGUGGAGUCUUUCAGUUCCUCCAAAACGGCGAUCUUCGUCUCCUCAACGGUAACGGCAGCGUUGUCUGGGAAUCCGGCACAGCUAAUCGUGGCAUUACGACUGCAACACUCGACGAUUCAGGUAAUCUCUCUCUGAUGAACGGCUCUGUUACUGUUUGGUCCACUUUCCAGAACCCAACAGAUACGAUUCUACCGACCCAGAAUUUUACUACUGCGAUGGUUCUUCAAUCUGGGUUUUACUCUUUUAAUCUUCUCAGCAGGGGUAAUCUUACUCUUAAAUGGAAUAACACCAUAGUGUAUUGGAACCAAGCUUUGAAUUCUAGUUAUUCGAACUUGACUUCUCCUAGUUUGACCAUCCAAUCUAUUGGAACUGUUACGAUUAAUGAUCCCACGCUUUCUAGCCCUGUUAUUAUGGCUUAUAGCAGUGAUUACGGAGAGGGUACCGAUGUUCUUAGGUUUCUGAAGUUGGAUUCUGAUGGUAAUUUAAGGAUUUAUAGCUCUGCUAGGGGUUCUGGUGCGGAUGUUGAGAGAUGGGCAGCUGUUGCAGAUCAGUGUAUGGUUUUUGGGUACUGUGGUAACAUGGGCAUCUGUAGCUAUAAUGAUACAAGCCCUAUUUGUGGUUGUCCAUCUGAGAAUUUCGCUCUUGUGGAUCCGAAUGAUAGCAGAAAGGGGUGUCAGAGGAAGGUAGCGCUUGCAACUUGCCCUGAUAGCACAGUCAUGUUGCAAUUGGACCAUGCCCAGUUCAUGACUUUCCCUCCUGAGAUCUCUAACCAGGUCUUCUAUGUUGGGAUUACUGCUUGUAGCUCGAAUUGCCUUCAAGGAGUAUGCACGGCAUCCACCUCCCUAGCUGAUGGAACGGGCGAGUGCUACAUUAAAACUUCAAACUUCAUUAGUGGGUAUGUGUCCCCAGCGCUUCCUAGUACUUCUUUUGUAAAGGUCUGUGGUCCAGCAAUGCCGAACCCGCCUCCAUCUGGGGGUAUAAGUGGUAGUAAGGCAUGGAAUUUGCCAACAUGGGUAGUCCUGGUUGUGGUUGCAGUUACUCUGCUGGUCUUGGUCCUUUUGGAGGGUGGAUUGUGGUGGUGGUGCUGUAGGAACAGCCCCAAGUUUGGCAGAUUGUCGACUCAGUAUGCACUUCUUGAAUAUGCUUCUGGUGCACCAGUCCAGUUUUCAUAUAAGGAUCUCCAGCGUGCCACUAAGGAGUUCAAGGAGAAGCUUGGAGCAGGAGGGUUUGGGGCUGUAUACAAAGGGAUUCUUGCCAAUAGAACGGUGGUUGCAGUGAAACAACUCGAAGGGAUUGAGCAAGGAGAAAAGCAGUUCAGGAUGGAGGUUGCAACUAUAAGUAGUACUCACCAUUUGAAUUUGGUGAGGUUGAUUGGGUUCUGCUCUGAAGGUCGUCACAGGCUGCUGGUUUAUGAGUUCAUGAAAAAUGGAUCCCUUGAUAAUUUGCUCUUCACUUCAGAAGAGCCAUCAGGGAGAUUGUUGGAUUGGGAGACUCGAUUCAGCAUUGCGUUAGGGACUGCACGGGGGAUCACCUACCUUCAUGAAGAGUGUCGGGACUGCAUUGUCCAUUGUGACAUAAAGCCAGAGAAUAUUCUGUUGGAUGAUAACUAUAAUGCCAAGGUCUCAGAUUUUGGCCUUGCAAAGCUUAUAAAUCCAAAAGACCAUAGGUAUCGAACCUUAACAAGUGUCAGAGGGACAAGAGGAUAUUUGGCACCAGAGUGGCUUGCCAACCUUCCAAUUACUUCCAAAUCUGAUGUCUACAGUUUUGGUAUGGUGUUGUUGGAGAUAGUGAGUGGACGAAGGAAUUUCGAAGUCUCUGAAGAUACAGGUCGAAAGAAAUUUUCUUUGUGGGCAUAUGAAGAGUUUGAUAGGGGAAAUGUAGAGAGAAUUGUAGAUAAAAGGCUGGUUGAACAUGGGAUGGACAUGGAGCAAGUGAUCAGAGCAAUUCAGGUUAGCUUCUGGUGCAUCCAGGAGCAGCCAUCUCAGAGGCCAGUGAUGGGUAAAGUGGUGCAGAUGCUGGAAGGUAUUACAGCAACUGAGAAACCACCAGCGCCAAAGGCCACAGCAGAAGGGUCUGUGAGUGGCACCAGCAUGAAUGUCAGCAGUACUGUCAGUGCCCUCUCCACUUUUGCAACUUCAGUCCCAGUUGCCUCCUCAUCUUCAUCAUUUCAAGCCCUGGGAGUUUCAUCAUCUCUGUCAGGUAGGAACAUUGAAAGAACUUCAUCAUCCCUAGAGCAAUCAAAUUGAAUUUUAAUUGAGCCCCUUUCUUCACUUCUGUAAUUUGUACACUACGACUGCCUUCUGGCCCCUAAUUUCCUGAAGCUUAUCUUCUCGAAGAAACUGAGGAAAAUGAAUGUGGCUAUGCUUUUGUUAUUACAUUAUGAUGAAGUAGUCACAAUUACUUGUAAUUCCUGUAAUUUGUAUAGUGCUAUGCUUUUAAAUGUUUGAGAGAUUGCCAUCAUUAGAUGUACUGUUUUUCAAUUCAAGUGUAACAAAGUUUGUUUAUUACCUACUACUCA